UUACUAUUUUUCAUCUCACAAUAUCUCUCCAAUUUAUUUCUAUAAUUGCCUGUUUCUUCUCUAAUUGAUUUUGUGAUUUUCAUUUCUUUUUUUUUUGAGACAGAGUUUUGCUCUUGUUACCCAGGCUGGAGUGCAAUGGUGCGAUCUCGGCUCACCGCAACCUCCGCCUCCUGGGUUCAGGCAAUUCUCCUGCCUCAGCCUCCUUAGUAGCUGGGAUUACAGGCACGCACCACCAUGCCCAGCUAAUUUUUUGUAUUUUUAGUAGAGACGGGGUUUCACCAUGUUGACCAGGAUGGUCUCGAUCUCUUGACUUCGUGAUCCACCUGCCUCGGCCUCCCAAAGUGCUGUGAUUACAGGCAAAAGCUACCGCGCCCGGCUGGAUUCUGUGAUUUUCAUUCCUCUGGGGUGGUUUUCCUCUCACACACCUGAUCUUCCAUACAGAGUCUCCUAGGGCUGACUCAGGAAUGAAAACAGAUGAGGUAUUGCUGUAGCCGCUCCAGCCCUGCAGUGUCAGGAUCACUCCCAAGCUUAGAAUCAGCUUCAGGACCUGCCCGGCACAGUGGGACCUGUGUGAGCCUCACACUCGUGCGAGAGGUGCCCGGUCCAACAAUGAUAAAGCACUUCUGUGUCAUGCGCACGCGGGAAAGGUGGCUCAGAGCUCAGUGUGGCCCGGGUCACUGAGCCGAGCUAUCCCAGAUUCUGUCCACAAACACAGACGAGGGGGAGCCACGGUCUCCCUAGGGUCCCACGGUUUCCUCCACUUUUUCUUUGUUCCGAGAGACAAAGUGCCACGACUGCUCUGUGGGCUGGACAGAUGCAUGUUUCACCUGCAGACUUGAACCGAAGCUGAGGUCUCCAACAUUCCUAGGUACCGAUAAAGCGCCUUAGGUUGUUUCUAGAAAACACUGAAAAAUUAACCCUUUUGCCAAUGAUGUAGAAACAAGCCCUGCCCUGAACCAAACUCCUGAAACUCUCAGGUUAAACUUCAUGACCCCAAGUCCCUCACUGCAGACACCCAACAGAAAAGUCACAGAUGCAGGAUGAGAUGAUUCAUUUUUAAAAAGGGGAAGUUGAGAUGGGAACUAUUUGGUUGAAAGAAAACCCACAAUCCGGUUCCAAGAAAGAAGCCAACUUUCCUUCCCCUGUUUCUCUGCAUUUCUGUUCUGUGCCCACGGCCACAGACAGCUCUACCUGGACUACACAGACAGAUGUGAGAUGCGUCUCUGCUGAUCUGAGCCUGCCUGGAGCAUGGACCUGCAUCUUCCCUGAAGCAUGUCCAGGGCUGAAGAGACAACUGCCUAACACUGAGGGCUCAUCCAUCCGCAGAGCAGGGCGGUGGGAGGAGACGCCAUGACCCUCAUCCUCAUGGUCCUGAUCUGUCUCGGGCUGAGUCUGGGCUCCAGGAACCACGUGGAGGUAGAGACCUUCCACAAGCCCACCCUCUGGGCUGAGCCAGGCUCUAUGAUCACCCAGGAGAGUCCCGUGACCCUCAGAUGUCAGGGGAGCCUGGAAACCCAGGAGUACCAUCUAUAUCGAGAAAAAAAAGCAGCAUACUGGAUUACAUGGAUCCCACAGGAGCUUGUGAAGAAGGGCCAGUUCCCCAUCCAGUCCAUUGCUGGGGAACACACAGGGCGGUAUCGCUGUCAGUAUCACAGACGCACUCGCUGGUCAGAGCCCAGUGACCCCCUGGAGCUGGUGAUGACAGGAUAUUACAGCAAACCCACCCUCUCAGCCCUGCCCAGCCCUGUGGUGACCCCAGGAGGAAGCGUGACCCUCCAGUGUAGCUCACAGGUGGCAUUUGAUGGCUUCAUUCUGUGUAAGGAAGGAGAAGAUGAACACCCACUGUGCCGGAGCUCCCAGCCCCGUACCCGUGGGUCGUCCUGGGCCGUCUUCUCUGUGGGCCCUGUGAGCCCGAGUUGCAGGUGGACGUACAGGUGCUAUGGUUAUGACUCAAGCUCUCCCUAUGUGUGGUCUUCACCCAGUGAUCUCCUGGAGCUCCUGGUCCCAGGUGUUUCUGAGAAGCCAUCACUCUCAGUGCAGCCGGGUCCUAUUGUGGCCCCUGGGGAGACCCUGACCCUCCAGUGUGGCUCUGAUGUCGGCUACGACAGGUUCGCUCUGUACAAGGACUGGGGACCUGACCUCCUCCAGCGCCCUGGCCGGCAGACCCAGGCUGGGCUCUCCCAGGCCAACUUCACCCUGAGCCCUGUGAGGGUCUCCCACAGGGGCCAGUACAGAUGCUCCGGUGCCCACAACAUCUCCUCCGAGUGGUCAGCCCCCAGUGACCCCCUGGACAUCCUGAUCUCAGGACAGAUCCCUGACAGUCCCUCCCUCUCAGUGCAGCCGGGCCCCACAGUGGCCUCAGGAGAGGAUGUGACCCUGCUGUGUCAGUCACAGGGGUGGAUGCACACUUUCCUUCUGACCAAGGAGGGAGCAGCUGAUGCCCCCGUGCGUCUAAGAUCAAAGUACCAAUCUGAUAAGUACCAGGCUGAAUUCCCCAUGAGUCCUGUGACCUCAGCCCACGCGGGGACCUACAGGUGCUACGGCUCACGCAGCUCCAACCUCUACCCGCUGUCUCACCCCAGUGACCCCCUGGAGCUCGUGGUCUCAGGACCCUCCAGUGGACCCAGCCCUCCACCCACCGGUCCCACCCCCACACCUGGUCUGGGAAAGCACCUGGGGGUUGUGACUGGGGCCUCAGUGGCCUUCAUCCUGCUGCUCUUCCUCCUCCUCCUCCUCCUCAUCCUCCGACAUCGACAUCAGGGCAAACGCUGGACAUCAGCCCAGAGAGAGGCUGAUUUCCAACGUCCUGCAGGGUCUGUGGAGCCAGAACCCACAGGCAGAGGCCUGCAGAGGAGGUCCAGCCCAGCUGCCAACACCCAAGAAGAAACCCUCUAUGCUGCCGUGAAGGACACACAGCCUGAGGACGAGGUGGAGCUGGACACUCGGGACAGCCCACAUGAUGAAGACCCCCACGCAGUGACCUAUGCUAAGGUGAAUCACUCCAGACCCAGGAGAGAAAUGGCCUCCCCUCUUUCCCCUGUCUGGGGAAUUCCUGAGCACAAGGGACACACAAGCAGAAAAGUACAGGCUGCUGCAUCUGAAGCCCCCCAGGAUGUGACCUAUGCCCAGCUGCACAGCUUGACCCUUAAACGGGAGGCAACUGAGCCUCCUUCGUCCCAGGCAGGGGAGCCCCCAGCUGAGCACAGCAUCUACGCCACUCUGGCCGUCCACUAGUCCAGGGAGGACCCAGUCUCUACACACCAUGAAGACUCAGGACCCCAGAAGGCAUGGAAGCUGCCCCCAGUCGGCACCAUUGAACCCCAGCCAGCCUGAACCCCUAACAUAGACCACUGGAAGAUUCUAGGAACUUUGGGAGUCACCUGAUUCUGCAAAGAUAAAUAGGAUCCCUGUAUUAUCGAAAUAAAGAUGCAGACCUCUCAGCUCACAAUGAGUUAACUGGUAAAACAAAACAGAAGUCUGAAAAUGGUUUUAAAUUGAUUGAUCAUGUAAAUAUUACACAUCAAACCAAUGACAUGGGAUAGUAGGAGCUUCUAACGAGGACAAAGGAAAAAUAGAGAAAAAGUAAUAAAGUGAUAAGGUUUAUUCUUGAAAACAUUAAUGAUACAUGAAUCUUGGCCACAAUGAAAAAAAAAAAAAGCAGGCACACAUUUCCAUACAGGAACAAAAUAGGAGGCAGCACUACAGACCCUACACACAGCUUUACAAAGGUGAAAGGAAACUGAGCAGUUCUGCACGGACAUAACAGAAAAUGCAGAUGAGAUAGAUGAAUAUUCAACACUACAGUUUAUUUAAUGAACUUAAGGAUAAAUAGAAAAUCUGAAUCAUCAUAUGUAAACAUAUAUAAAAUGUAUGAAUCCUGCAAUCAAAAAUGUUCUCACAAGGUAAAUGUCACUUCAGAAAGG